UUUUUAACGCUAUGUAUUUUUCUAUUUGCGCGAGCGGCUAGCUAACUCAUUAUGGUUCAAUUUCUUAAAGCUAGGUAGAUGGCAAGUUGGCCCAACAACAUCCUAGCUAGCAGGAUCCCAUUAUUUUUUAAUACAGUUUUUGCAAACUGAGUUGUAUAAGCCAAGCUUUUUAAGACAAUAACUGCGAAGACGGCUUUCUUUGUGGACGAUGACUACAAAACGGCUGCAGUUCAAUGUGUUAACUUUGCUGGUUGGUUAGCAUGUAAGCUAACUAGCUAACCUUGUGGAUUGUAUCUCUAGCGUGCUAACCUUGUUGAAUUUAUUGCAAUUUUGGCCGUUUUUUUGUUAUAUCUAUAUUCCAUGUUGCACAUUUUGGCUUGUGGUGUUUUUAUUUUAUUUUUGUGAUUAGCUGGUUUUGGAGUCCGACUGGGACAGGAACGCUAUUUUUGCGGGAAUGUUUUUUUUCUGCAAGAAAUGUUGAUUGUCCAUUGUUUUUCACAACAUUACGUUAGCGAAUAGAUUAACUUUAUUUUAGGUUCAUAACCGUAGAAUUAAUGUGACCGACGACACAAGGACAUUUGCUAUUUUUGUUACACUAAUUAAAAGUUACUUUAUGAAUGAUGCAGUUAUGUACUUUGUCCUUGCUCAGUCUCUUUGCUAGACCCAAAAGCAAUAUAAAACUAGGUAGGUUUAUCUAAUAUAUAUACUGUAGUCUUUGACUACUAGUUAAGUAGAUGGUGAAGAUUGAGGUUAUUCAGGCUGCCUUGGCAAGGUGUGGGCUGGUAAAAUUGUCUAGUCUUUAAUGAACCUGAUUUAAUCAAGGUGCAUCUUACACUAAACAAUAGUGUUAAAGAUAUUAGUAAGUUUCAUUCAAAAGCGAUUCUAGCUACUAGCAUUUACUUUGUAAGUCAGGUGGUGAAUUAUGAAUGUUCAGAGUUGUAGUGCUGUGCCUCAGGCCCCUCCCUGCCAGAGACCCCAGUACUGAUUGAUUAGCUUGUUAGAUGUCACUCAUCAUUAGGCUGCUAAUAAUCAAGUUUUAGUUUGGUCUGAUCUCAUCUGUGGAGCAUGCCUAGUACACUGUCUUUUAUUUUCACUUGUAUCAUAUCUGCACACUUGAGUUCUAUAAAAUAAGGGAGUUGGGACAUUCAACUCUGCAGUGCACAGCUCCUGCCUCCCACACACCACCCCAUGCGGUACUGCUGUAGGCCCAUAAGCAGCUUGAGUGUUCUUGUUGCCCCUGUGCAGAACAUACACUGAUUGUGAAGUCCUCAAAGCAGGCAAAGUAUUACCUUUCAGUAACUAUGUUCAUGCAAAACAACAUCCCAAUGUUAUUUCCCUGUGUACAUCACAAAUGACUACUCUUACAGUAAAUCUGAAAAGGCUUGUCAGUGAUUACCACAUUACCUACUACGACUUAUCCCUGUAAUGGAUGUCUGAACCGUAAUAACACAAUCUAUCAACAUUGAUACAUUUGCAUAAUGUGCAACUACAAGUACUUGAAGCAUAUUGUAUCUCUGAUUGGCUAGGCUGCUCCUAGUCUUACACAUCAUUUGUCCUCUAUAGGAUGCCAAUAACCCUGUUUUUCCUCUUUGACAACUGAAUUAUGUACAAAACCCAACCAGGUAAGACUAAUAACCCUGUACAAUGUCACAGGUGUGUUCUGUCGCCCGCCUCAGUAUAAAUCGUGGGGUGAAGUUCUGCAUUCUGAGGGUGCUGCUGGAGUUGUAGUUUAUGCUGAGAGCACCCAAGACACCUGCCCGCACACACUGGCCUUGCCCUCAGUGUCAAAGAACUGACAGACGACCGCCGUGCACACAGACGCUAUGGAUCGGUCCCCCACCACCAGCGCCCUGAUGGCCAGCAACGUGACCAACAAGACGGACCCUCGCUCGCUCAACUCCCGGGUCUUCAUCGGAAACCUCAACACGCUACUGGUCACCAAGACUGACGUGGAGGCCAUCUUCAGCAAGUAUGGCAAGAUUGUGGGCUGUUCUGUGCACAAGGGCUUUGCCUUCGUCCAGUUCGUCAACGAGAGAUGUGCCCGGGCUGCCGUAGGUGGUGAGGACGGACGCAUGAUCGUGGGACAGGUGCUGGACAUUAACUUGGCCGGAGAACCCAAACCCCACAGGUCAAAGACCACAAAGCGCUCUGCGGGAGACAUGUACAGCAGUCCCACAUUUGAUCUGGACUACGACUUCCAGAGAGAUUACUAUGACCGAGUGUACUCGUACCCGUCCCGCGUGCCCCCUCCUCCUCCCCCACCCCUGUCCCGAGCAGUGAUCCCAUCCAAGCGCCCGCGGGUCAGCAUGACUGGAGGGGGUAGCCGCCGCACCAAGGCCAGUUUCUCCUCCAAGAGCAGCCAGAGAGCAUCCUCAAGAACAAUGAAAACAGAUGACCUGCAGACCAUCAAGAAGGAGCUGACGCUGAUUAAACACAAAGUAGACUACCUGCUGGAGAGCCUAGGCCGCAUGGAGAAGGACCACGGCAAGAAGUCAGAUGGGAAAGGUACCAAGCCUGAACCUGGAGUGGUGUCCUCACUGCAGCAUUCCAGCAACAAGAAGGAGGAGAGCAUCAAGAGGGAGAGGGAGAACCAGGAGCUCAACGACUCUGAGGAGGAGGGGGACCUGCUAGAAGAGGAGGUAAAGAGUCAAGAAAGGGAUGAUGAUGAUGAAGAGGAGGAAGGAGAGCAUGUGGAUGGAGACGAUGGUGACAGUGUCAACGGAGAUGAGGACUCAUAGACAGACGGAUGCACACUUGUACAGACAAAUACAUCCACACAACUUCCAGUGGGACCUCCGACUCCUAUUUUAAUUCCCACACUAUGAAAUGUCACACACUCACCUGCCCCCACUACCACAGGUAUAUUUUUUCUUGGUGCAAUUUCAGCCCCCUCCUAUCAUUGUUACACAUCUAGCAUUGUCCUGCAGUCAAUUACAUUGGAACUAGCUGUAGGUAGCGAGCAGUAAUAGGUGAUUUGCUGUGCUGCUGUUCCUUUUUUUUGACCAGCCGAGAGCAGAAAUGGCCAUUUAUUCUGACCUGAGCCACAAGUGAAAUCACAUUGGCAAUCAAGAGAUGACAGGUUUGAAGAAACUUGAUUUUUGGGCCCACCUGAGUAUGUAUCUUCCUUAUAUUCAUGUCAUUAUUUUUAUACUAAGUUGUACUGUAAUAAUAAAUUGCAAUUAAAUACUCUGA